AUGAUGGAUCGCUUCCUCGCUCCCCACUCGCCAGAGGCCGUCGCCCACCACCAUGUAACUGAGAACGGAUAUUCGUGGGACAUGGACCACGCCUCGCCGCCGGAGCAGAUCAUCGCACACUGCGCCUCGUACAAGGCUCUCAACCGCUACCUCUCCGGCGCCGACCUCGUUAUCCUCCCGCGCAACCGCCGCGAACUCGAGGGCGUCCUGCACCGGUACUGCUACGAUGCUAUCCACAACAUCAUCGCAAAGACACGUUCGUCGCUGCUCGAGGGCGGCUACAGCAGGAUAUGCUAUCUCGCAGAGGCCAGCAUCCACAGAAUGCUCGACACGCGCGAUAACGCCGCCGUGCUCCUCUCCCUGCACCGUCCUGCCGAGACAAAUCAACACUUGCACGCCCCCGAGCCGCCGAAGACGCCUACCAUCCGGAUCUAA